CAUUGCUUAAGAAUGGAGGUACGUGGUCCUCGAAGGAAUCCCAGCUACCUCUCUGAUCUCUAUCAGAACAUGUUACGGGCUGAAGAGACACCAAGACGAGGGCAGCUGCAACCCCCAGCAGCCCAUCCAAGUAGCAGCAUGACUUUCUGGAGCAGCAUCCCAGCCAAGGAGGCUCCUCAGACAAACAAGCUUCAGGGUAGCACUUGCUCCAGCUGUGAUCCAGCAUUGCGGCCUAUCAUACGUCGCCGAGCAAGAUCUUUGCCUACAUCACCCGAAAGAAGGAAGCGAGCAGCAGUGCAGUGUCAAGUUCCUACAUGCCAGAGUCGUAUGAACCGUGUGAGAUUUGCUGAUGCUUUGGGCUUGGAACUCACUGAAGUGAAAGUCUUCCAGACUGGGGAGGAGCCAUCAAUCCCCUUGCACGUCCUUUCCAGGCUUUCUAUAAACUCAGACCUCUGGUACAGUGGUUCAGACUUGGAGUUUACUAUGCAGUGCUUGGUCCCUGACUUCCAGCAGCCUGCAGACUGCAUGGACUUCUCCUCCCGACUUCAAGAGCAGCAGGUGUGUCUUGAACGAGUGACCAGCUCAGAUCUGGGGAUCAGUGGCACCAUUCAGGUUCGCAACAUUGCUUUUGAGAAGCAAGUGUCUGUGCGAUACACCUUCAACCAGUGGAAAAGUCUCCAUGAAGUGUGUGCUCAUUGGCACAGUAGCAUCCCUGAGAAAAACAGGCAGGAUCAGGUUGAUGUUUUCACUUUCUUUCUCCCUGUGCCACCUUUCCUCCUCCAGCUGUGCUCCAUAGUCCAGUUUGCAGCAAGGUACCAAGUCAAUGGCCAGGAGUACUGGGAUAACAACAGAGGCAAAAACUACAGCCUUACGUGCCGGAAUCACCCCCUUAAGAUGCCUAGAGAAUGUGAGGAGAGCUGGAUCCACUUCAUCUGAACAAAGGAAGUGGACACAGAGUAGCUUGUCAGUAGUCUGGGUGGCAUUCUCUUUCUUGGCAUGGCUCUCGGCUCCUAUGGCAACAGUCUGCUUUUUGAAAUCCACCAAACCUGGCAAAGAGUUCCAGGGCAGGGAAGUAGCCAAUGACCUGUACAAACUGUUCUAAACCUCUGAGAAAGUAGAAAGGGCCAAAAUGUGUAUUGAGUUACAGCUGUUGAAAGUCCGUGAGGUUUCUUGUAGUGUAUGAGUGGUUGCAGAAUGGUUCCAGGGGAUGCUGUCAGACUACUGUAAAGCAAAACAAGACACUUCAUGUUACUAGUAAUACUCUAGGUUGCAUAGAAUAUUUCUAACUGUUUAAUUUUGCCAUUUUGUACUGUCUGUUUUCUAAAUGGAUGGUGUGGCUUCAGUAGUUUUGUUUCUAAUUUUGUUUAUAUUAUCUCACCAAGUCUGGGCACUAUUCCAUUUAUGCAUAAUUUGGAUGGCAGGCAGUGUAAGGAGUGUAUUUAUACUCAUAUACACAAAAAUAAGGCUGUAACCAUGUUAAAUAUUUCAGUUAAUAUUCGUGUUGAAAAUGAAAUGUUACUGCAAGCAGAAUAUAGAUGAAAAUGUGCUGUAGGCCCCUCUGUUUCCCUUGGAAAAAGGCACUUUUUUAUCUCUAGUGUUUGCAGUAGGCAACAGGAAUGAUUGUUACCAAAGGGUGUGUAAGGCAGACUUUCAUGGGGAGUUCUCAUCUUUUUCAGGUGAUGUACAAGUAAGCUUUUUCUCUAGGUGGUGGUACAGGAAUUGUCCUUUCUUUGUGCACCUGUUUUUUACUAAGGAAAACUAGAGCAAUUUUGCACUUGUGUUGCAACUGAAAAUCUUGAAGUAUUAUAUGAAUGCUAAUGAUCUUACCACUGUUACUAGGAAAUUUUUAAAUCAAGAAACUGAUACACAUAUUUAAACAAAUAGUAGUACAGGGAGCUGGUUACAGAGCCUUGGAAUAGCAUGCCAGAACCCUGAAUCCUGGCUCCUUGCUCACCAGCAUCCCAGUACCGCUCCAGUAAUACCUUUAAAUUCUUUCAUCAGCUACUUCUUAUUGGAUACUUUCAUAGUCCCAUAAACAGAAUCCCUUCUGCAGCAGGGAGAGCACUGUAAGUUAGACACAGCCUUGCCAUGCUGCUUGCUCUAUACCUUCUGUGGUUUUAGUGUGGUUUAAGAUUGGCAACAGGCUUAAAUCUAAUUAAGUAAAAGAUUGUCCAUGAUUUUUUUUUUCCAUACAUGUUCAGAACUGCAUGGAAAGUUUCAUUUUAUAUGUGUAGCAAGAAUUUUCACAACUGGCUGGCUGGAUCUACUAGAAGAGAUGCUUUUUAGGACUAUAGUAUGAAAACCAGGCCAUUUAUUUGGGCAUCUUAGUUUGGAUUGCUGCUUACUCAUCAAAACCAGAAGUUAUUUUUAAAAAUCACCAUUGUAAGAAACCCAUAGCCAAGUACAUAUUAGUCCAAAAAGUCUACAGAAUAAUUCUGGAAGUGCAGAAGCCCCAAGAAAAUGCACGUGCCUGGGAACUCAAUGUUAGUCCUUAGUUGUGAUACCCAUUACCCAAAGCUAAUAUUUCAAGUGAAGAAGCCACCUGGUUCCAUUAGUCUUUGGCCUUCAAAGGAACCAAACUCAUGAAUGAUGAUUCUGUGAGCUGCUGAGCACCUCUUGCAGAGUACUGAGAAAACUCAGUCCUAUUUGAAACUGCUGGGAAUUGACUGUGUUGUCAGCUUUAAACUUUAUCUGGAAGCAUUGUGAGGUUGAAGUUUAAGUCACUAUUGUUUUGAAGGAGUAGGUGAGGCUGAGGUGCAAUUGCCAACUGCAGAAAGUGUUGCCUCCUUUCAGUCCACCUGUGUUAGUUUCUGUAUCAGGGUUAGAGAAGUGACCAUUACCAAUCUGUCAGCAACUCUUAUCUCCUACAAAAAUCAGUGCAGGCAACUGGAAGAUUAGCCUGCGUCAAUAUGGUGAAAAAAAAUAAGAGCUCUGUAAGAAAGGUCUUUUUGCCUCUUGUGGUGUGCUUCAUAUCACUAAAUGAUUUAUGACAAUAUGGGACAUGAUAUAUCUGAACUAGUCAACCUAUGCUCAUCGUCAAGGGAGAUGGUUUUGCUACAGUUAGCAGACUGCCUGUGGUGUUACAAACCGCCUCAUCCCUGCUGAGCACAGAGAACACUGUGUGACUAGUUCUGCCAUGCUGAAAUUCUCAGCAUUAGUGCAGAUUGUGCCAAAUUAUGCCAGAGUCUGUAGAUGUCAAGUUAAAUAAGCUGAAACACACCUUUAGUGACUGCAGAAGAACCUUUCUGGGCAUUUAUUGAAACUGCAUACCCUUGCUUUGGUGAAACUUACUCAUUUAAGGAAUUCCAUUGACGUUUACUCAGUGUUGUUAAAAUCCUUGUCAGCAAGUCCUACGUACUUGUCAGUGUAAGUAAGAAGAAAAUGAACACACAAGCACAGGAGCACUUGUGCUAAAUAAAAGGCACCAUUUUGAAGUAUUGUGUGUAUCCUACCCCUUCCCUUUCCUCCUCCCAAGUCACUGUUUUUGUUCCAUCAGCAAAACCACUGAAUUGCCUCUCAGCACACCAUAAAAAAAUCCUCCUCUCUUGAGAUGCUUUUGACACCAGUUCACAAAGGGUGUUGCUGGAGCCCAAUGCAGUGCUUGCCUUACUGGCAGGAAGAUGGUGUUAUCAUCUUCUGAGAGAGACUCAUGUGGUGGCAAAUGUCAAAUCUGAGUGUUAGUGCAGGCAGGAACAGAUUAUGGAAAGCUGAGGCUUAGUUUGGAGGUUAAUGUCAUGUAUACCACAGUGCUGGACAGAGUCAAGUAAUGAAUGUCCCAGCAAAAUGGGUUUGGAUUGUAUUGUCUUAUUUCUGCAGCCUCUCAGGGUAUUUGCAUGUGCAUAAUCUUGAAUACUGACGUAUGUUAUUCUGAGUUUGCCUUUUCUCUCUUUGCUUGGCUUGCACUUCUGGAGAGGAAUUGACAGUAGCUGUUACUAAACCAGGUGUCUGGCAUUGCUGACUGUGAGUUGUGCAGGCUUUCCUUAUAACGGAACUGGGAGCAGUCUCUGGGUUAAGCUCAUAAACAUUCGCACAAGUACUGGCACCUGUCACAUGAAGGAUUAAAUUUGCACUUGUGUUUUCCUGUCACAUUCAGUAGUAAACACCAAAAGGAUCCUAGUUGACAAAAAAGAGAUUAAGCCAUUAAGUAAUGGUAAUGUGCACACAUCGUGAAGGUAAACUCAUGACAACCUUUAUAAAUUCUCAGGACAAAUUGACUGCUUGCACUAUGUUCAAAUUGAGCACUGCCCUUAUAAUGAGGAUUUUGUAAAAGUGAAUUCUUCAUAAGGGUUAUUGCAAUGUAAUGCACUUUAAAAAACAUAUAUUUAUUAUAGUCAUGCAAUAAAUGAACGUCUAGAAGUGCAGUUUCAAGGUUCUUUCAAUUGUGUUUUUUAAAGGAAUCCAUUUAAUUGAAAAGGAGUUGUCUUUCCUGAUUUAACAUCUUGUCCAGAAUAAAGUACAUUACAAAGUAUAUCAGUAAAGCACAUAUAGUAGACUAAAGGUCAUUUUGUUUACUGGAGAGUUGUACACUUGCAAAGUGCUUAAUUCACUUUCAAAACAAUAAACUA